UCCGAUUCAAACUUGAAAUUCUUACGGCAUUUGAAAUUACGUAAUUGCGGAUAUUGCCGGCGCUUAGAUUCGAUAUACGUUACGCAACGUUUGUUUGGCUUGAACUAGGUAGCUUUAGUUUGAACUUAACCUCUUUACCAGUCAAGCAUCCUUUCGAGCGAGGUUACCGAGGAUACGUUGGAUAGUUGGUCGGGUUCGUCGGGUUACUAUAAGCCUGCAAAUAACCGCAUCAAAAUGCCGAAGAUGCCAUGGCACCCCGCUUCCGGAACUGGAAUAGUAACGGCUGAAAAUGCGAAAAAAGUUAUCAGACUCGCACGGUACGGCUGUACAAACAGACCUUUCUUCCACAUCGUUGUUACGGAGUCGUUUAAAGAGGUUCGUGCACCGCCGAUCGAGCAAGUGGGAACUUUCGACGAGGUCGUAAACGAAAAGAAUGAAAAACUGGUCUCCCUCAACUUUGAAAGGAUACAAUACUGGAUUGCUAAUGGAGCCCAAAUGUCAAAACCUGUGGCAGAAUUACUUGGCCUUAGUGGAUUCUUCCCAAUUCAUCCGAGAUCCUACAUGCUGGCUUGGAGAAAUAGGCAAACUGCAGAUGCCGAGGCUGCAGCCGCGACUGCUACUGCUGCUGAAUCUGCGAAGCAAGAAACCAAGGCGAAGGAUUCUUGAUAGAUUAAUUUUAGCAUUACUUUAUAGGGACUUUAUAUUCUGUAGGUGAUAAAAAUUGUGCUAAUAAACAUGAUAUACAUGAAU